AUGCCUGUUGUAUGUAACAAAUGCAACAAAAGUGCUAAUGAUAAUGAUGUAAUAGUGUGCGAUCUAUGCAAGUCAUCAAUACACUCAAUCUGCGCUGGCCUAUCCCGUCAAGAAACCGAAUGUGUUCGCCUAAAGAAAAGUAAACUUCGAUAUUUUUGUGAUGAGUGCAACAUAGUCGAGAUAAUCGGAGGAUUAAGGGCAGAAGUUGAAAAAUUGAGAAGUGAAGUCGCCGAGUUAAAGUACGAAAAAACAGGUAACGUACUUAACAAAUUGUUAUCAGAAGAAGAAAUUAUCAGCGAGGUAGAUGAUAGGCAACGCCGGGCCACCAACUUGAUCGUUUAUAAUUUACCGGAAUCAGAUGAUAAGACCGUAAUUAAUUCAAAACGGGAUGACAUUUCUCAGUUUGCUGCACUUGUCUCGUCAGAGGAGUGGAAGAAUGAAAUUGUUCCUGAUAAGUGUUUUCGCUUAGGGAAAAAAGUAGAGAACAAACGUCGUCCACUGUUAAUUAAUUUCAAGUCUAGUACUGUCGUAUUAUCGAUAUUACACUGCGAUAAUGAAAUAAUUGUACUAACUGAAACAUGGCUAUGUGAUGAAGUCUUGUCAAGCGAAUAUUUUCCACCGAAGUAUUGUGUUUACAGGUCUAGCAAUGGACGUAGAGGCAGAGGUGUAAUAACUGCUAUUCGUACAGAUUACAUAUCAUAUCAGGUCACCAAUCAUUCGCCUAUUAGUGAAGUUGAUUUGCUAAUUGUAAAAGUAGUACUACGUGAUAAAAUUCUAAAUGUAAUAAACGUGUAUUUCGCUCCAGAAACUAAUUCGCUCAUCUAUGAGACUAUUAUUGAACAUAUUGAGAAUAUGGUAAACACAUCUGAGUUAUGGAUAAUAGUUGGAGAUUUCAACAUACCCACCUUUGCAGAAUAUUACUUCAAACCAGAACCAUCCACAAAUGUCAGACCUGCUUAUAAUACUCUAGCGACGUUUAUGCAUUUUAACUCCCUUAAACAACAUAACAACAUUUUAAACAGUAACUUAAGAAUUCUGGAUUUAAUCAUGUCUACAACUGAUCUUUACUGCGAUGUAUCAAGGUAUGAAUUACCUCUUGUAAAAGAAGAUAAACACCAUCCCUGUUUACUUACUCAUAUCUCUAUUGCUGAUAGCAAAGAAGUACCGUUCAAUACUAAGGAGAUAUAUAACAAUAAUUGUCAUCGAUAUAAUUUUCUCAAAGCUGAUUUGCCAAACCUGUAUUGUGAAUUUGGCCGAAUAAACUGGAAUGACAUAACUGAAAUCAAAGAUGUUAAUUGUGCCGUUGAUCAUCUGAAUGGCAAAAUGUAUAAUCUCUUUGAUAAAUUUGUUCCAAGAGUUAAGGUUCGAUCUAGUACUAAUUUUCCACGUUGGUUUACAUCCGAAAUUAUUAAAGAUAUAAAGACGAAAAACAAUUACAGACGUUUGUAUAAAAAGCACAAAUUCUUAGCUUAUAUGGAUAAAGUCAAAAGUCUUAAUAGGAAAAUAAAGAAAAAUAUCAGAAAGGAAUAUGGUAAUUUUAAACAAUUAGCUCAGGAUAGAAUAAAAAGUGAACCUAAGCAUAUUUGGUCGUACAUUACAGAUAAGAAAAAAUCUAGUGGAAUACCUGGAAGUAUGAAGUAUGGUCACAAUGAAUUCUCAACUCCACAGGAUAUUGUAGAAGGGUUUGCACAACAUUUUAGCAGUGUUUAUAUUAAGUGUGAUGGUACUUGUGAUAGUAAGUACAAUGGCUGUAAUAAAUCUGCUAAUACUUUCGACCAUGUUUGUUGCAACUGUGACAGUGAUAAUAAUUUAUUAAAUAACGUGUUACAUAAAUUUAUAGUGUCGGAGAAGAUGAUUACAGAAGCUGCUCGUAGAAUCAAACCAAAUCUGACUAUGGGACCGGACAACGUACCAGCUUUUGUAGUGAAAGACUGCAUUACCUGUCUGAUCACACCACUGUUGCAUAUUUUUAAUCUCAUACUGAAAACAACGAACUUUCCUACGAUGUGGAAGAUGUCUAAAAUUUGUCCCAUUUUUAAAUCUGGUUGUAAGUCGGAUAUCGCCAAUUACAGACCAAUAUCAAUUAUAUGUAAUUUCGCUAAGUUGUUUGAAACUAUACUGUAUAAUAGUGUAUAUGCUCAUGUAACACCUAUGAUAAAUGAUUGUCAACAUGGUUUUAUCAAGGGAAGGUCCACAACAACCAAUUUGUGUGAAUUUACACAGUUUGUCUCGGAAUCCCUUGAACAAAAAUACCAGGUGGAUGUUGCGUAUACCGACCUGUCAAAAGCAUUUGAUAAGGUUAAUCAUUGCCUCUUAUUAAAGAAAUUACAUUUAUACGGCUUAUGUGACGAUUUACUUUUAUUGUUUAGGUCCCUUAUUGUUGGUAGAAUUCAAUACAUUGAAUAUAAAGGUUUCAAAUCGACCUUAUAUGAGUCAUAUAGUGGAAUUGCACAAGGAUCCAAUCUAGGGCCAUUGAUGUUUAUUAUAUUUAUCAAUGAUAUUGUUGACUAUUGUAAAAUUAAUGAAAAAAGUUAUCUAUACUUAUAUGCAGAUGAUCUGAAAAUAGCACAAAUGAUAUGUGAACCCAAAGACUGUGAACUACUUCAAAAGAUGCUUCACAGCCUUGUUGAAUGGUGCAAUAAAAAUAAGUUGGUACUAAAUAUCAGCAAGUGCUUUGUAAUGAUAUUUUCACGCAAGAUUCAGGAUAUUAGAUUCCAGUAUCUCAUAGAUGGUACUGUAUUGGACAUUAAAUCAGACUGUAGAGAUCUAGGUAUUGUUAUGGAUCGUGAACUGUCUUUUGUACCACAUAUAAAUUACAUUUGUAACGAAUCUUACAAGUUAUUAGGAUUUAUAGUAAGAAACACCAGAGAUUUCUAUAGUACGGAAUGUUUAUUAACUGUUUAUAAUGCCCAUAGCAAAAAGCGGAAGUUGGUAACGACGAGGGGCGCGGGGGGAAUCACUUGUUUGGGUGGCGAGACGAAACAGUUGCGAUUGCGAAAUGCGAAGCCAAUUCGAAAAAAACUGUUGGAGAGAGUGUCAUCGAGUGAAGCAAAGCCAGCGGCAAGCUCGCAUUCAAUCACAUUCCUGGCGUUCUUGGCGAACUUAUUAAAAGAUUGCUUUAUCAGCGAGACAAUACGCAACCCCAUCCGGUUCGUCUUGGGGGCACAUGACUGA